GGGGGCGGUAGUCGGGGGUGGUGGGAGAAGGAGGAGGCGGCGGCGAAUCACUUAUAAAUGGCGCCGAAGCAGGACCCGAAGCCUAAAUUCCAGGAGGGUGAGCGGGUGCUGUGCUUUCAUGGACCUCUGCUUUAUGAAGCAAAGUGUGUAAAGGUUGCCAUAAAGGACAAACAAGUGAAAUAUUUUAUACAUUACAGUGGUUGGAAUAAAAAAAGUGCUGUGAGGCCCAGGCGCUCUGAAAAAACUUUGAAGACACGUGAGGAUAUUGUAGCCCUUUUUCCUGUUCCUGAAGGAGCUCCCUCAGUACACCACCCCCUCCUGACCUCUAGUUGGGAUGAAUGGGUUCCAGAAAGCAGAGUACUCAAAUACGUGGACACCAAUCUGCAGAAACAGCGAGAACUUCAAAAAGCCAAUCAGGAGCAAUAUGCAGAGGGGAAGAUGAGAGGGGCUGCCCCAGGAAAGAAGACAUCUGGUCUGCAACAGAAAAAUGUUGAAGUGAAAACAAAAAAGAACAAGCAGAAAACACCUGGAAAUGGAGAUGGUGGCAGUACCAGUGAGACACCUCAGCCUCCUCGCAAGAAAAGGGCCCGAGUAGAUCCUACUGUUGAAAACGAGGAAACAUUCAUGAACAGAGUUGAAGUUAAAGUCAAGAUUCCUGAAGAACUGAAACCAUGGCUUGUUGAUGACUGGGACUUAAUUACCCGGCAAAAACAGCUUUUUUAUCUUCCUGCCAAGAAGAAUGUGGAUUCCAUUCUAGAGGAUUAUGCCAAUUAUAAGAAAUCUCGAGGAAACACAGAUAAUAAGGAGUAUGCUGUUAAUGAAGUUGUGGCAGGGAUAAAGGAAUACUUCAAUGUAAUGUUGGGCACUCAGCUACUCUACAAAUUUGAGAGACCACAGUAUGCUGAAAUCCUUGCAGAUCACCCUGAUGCACCCAUGUCUCAGGUGUAUGGAGCGCCACAUCUACUGAGAUUAUUUGUACGAAUUGGAGCGAUGUUGGCCUAUACACCUCUGGAUGAGAAAAGCCUUGCUUUAUUACUGAAUUAUCUUCAUGAUUUCCUCAAAAUUUUAAACAACCAAGCAGCUAUUAAAGAGAUGAGAUACCUGGCAAAGAAUUCUGCAACUUUGUUUAGUGCCAGCGAUUACGAAGUGGCUCCUCCUGAGUACCAUCGGAAAGCUGUGUGAGAGGCGCUGACACUCACUUAUGUUUGCAUCUCUGUAAACACAUUUUUGUUCUUAGUCCUUCUCUUGUACAAAUGAUGUACUUUGAAAAUGUUAGUGUAUAACAGAAUUGAUGUUUGUUUUCUGUUUGAUUUUAAACAGAGAAAAUAAAAGGGGUUACAGCUCC